GACGUUUAACCCUGCAGACUAUACGGAGUCUUCUGCCACUGAUGGCUUUGGGACAAAAUCAGAGAUUUGGGAGACUGGUCAGAAUGAUGCAGAUGAUGGAACUGGUGCAUGGAAAAACUCUAUAGAAGAAUGGACAGCGGAAGACUGGAAUGAGGAUCUUUCUGAAUCAAAAGUCUUCACUGCUUCCUCUGUUCCAGCUGAGAAUCAUGUGACUCCUGGGCAAAGCAUUGAUUUGCUAACACUGCUUCAAAAGCCUGUCAUUUCUACCCAAGAAGCAGAAGUCAACUCCUUUGAGGCUCCCCAGCAGCAGACCUUUGGUCAAGCCCUAGUCUUCACAAAUUCUCAGCACAGCACCCAGAUGCCAUCAGGAACUGGCAGCUCCAGUGCUGUAAACUCUUAUUCUCCUCAAAGUCUGUCUGCGGUUCUUUGCUCUGGGUUUGGAGAACUUGGAGCUUCUAAAUUGUCAAACUCUACUGGAUCCCAAAUCUUGGACCAGUUGAAAUCUCCAGGAUUGGGUCAGUUUACCUCUCCACAAAAUAAUAGUAGCUCUACCACCACUACCACAACUACCACAUCAUCCUGGGAUCUAAAAGCGCCCAUUACUCAGUCCUCAGUCCUUAGUCAGUUUGACUUUAAAUCCCAGCCUGAACCAUCGCCAGUUCUGAGCCAGCUGACCCAGCGACAGCAGCAACAAACUCAGGCAGUUCCUGUUCCUCCUCCUGGGCUGGAGUCCUUCUCCUCCCACGUAAAACUCCGAGAGCCAUCACCAGUAGACACCUCUACAGCUGUUAGCAAAAUGUUACAGCUCCCCACUAUAUCUAUGGAUAACCAGGCCGUGACUGUCCAUCAAACCCAGCAGAAACAGAUAAAACCACCAAAACGGAGGAUAACUCCAGCAUCCAAG